AUGGCCUCGUCGUCGAGCUCUGCUCUCAAUGCUCAGUAUGUCGCCGAAAUACAGGAAGUGACAACGUCUAACAUGAUUGGCAUUGUAGUCCCAGCGUUGCUCCUGUACGACGUCAUCCUCACCUCAGGGCAAGAAUACCGAUAUAUCUGGCAGUCAUCGAAGUCCCGGUUCUCGCGGAUCAUCUAUGUGUGGAACAGGUACAUGUACUUGUUGGGUGCUAUUCUGGGUCUCGCGGGCAUCCCGCCAUUGUCGGACCCUGUGAUGUUCACCACCCUGCGAAUAUACGCACUGUCAAAGAAGAACAAGAUCCUCGGCGGGCUGGCACUGGCGCUGAGCAUGGCACCCUUCCUCCUCAACACGGGCAUUGUAUAUCACAACAUACCAAUCAACCUCCCCGCACCGGUGAAUUGUCAAAUUAUCAGCACGGCGAGCACAAGCCUUGACAUCGGAAUUUUGGUCACUUUGAAUGCGGUAGACAUGACGUUUGCCAUAUUGUCCAUCGCCGUGCCACCGGAGAAUCAAGCCUCAUACGUUGUGGUCUUCAUCGACCCCAUCUCCUCCAUCUUGAACGGCCGCUUCCUCCUCGCCCUCCACGAGACAAACGCGCGGCUGGAAGGGGCGACCGACACUUCCGGCGUAUCAUCCCUCUGUUUCAACACCCGCAGCGGCGGCGACUCGAGGGCAGGCUCCUCUGAGCUCCCGGAACUUCUCGGCGUCAUCGGGGGCUCGAUCUGCUCAUUCCACAACGACGAUGAAGACCUACAAUGUCUCGAAUUUGCACCGCCGCAGGAGGAGCUCCAGGCAGAGCCCGAAGGAGAAGCUGUAGAGCUUCAAGGUGGAGUCUCCGGAGGACAGCUGGCGUGA